AAGUUGCUUCAGUAGAGAUGACGUUUUCACAACAACUCAAAAGGAGUGUUCGGAAAUACGUUUGUUCUGUUUGCAGAUUGUUUGAAACAGUUUUGAAGAUGAUGACAAUCCUCUUGUUAGUCAGUGUUCUCUUUGUUUCAGCUUUGGCUGUUUGUCUUACGACCACAGCACUCAACAUCACUGCACCACAGACGAUGGAAGCACUGAGUGGAUCCUGUUUGCAGAUCCCCUGUAACUUUAGGGCUAAAACAGAAAAAAACUUUACAGGGAACAACUUCGGUGUGUGGAUUAAAAGUGACUCCAGAUUUGAAAAUUCUCCAAAAAAUGUGAUCUUCAAUGGCAGCAGGACAGACAACGUCUAUCAAGUAGAGAUUAUCGGAGAUCUGAACCAGAAAAACUGCACCAGUGUAUUUUCCAGUUUGAAAAAAAACUACACAGAUAAAUACUUCUUCCGAGUUGAAGGACAAUCGUUCACUGCAACAGCUGGUUGUCAUCCUCUUCAAAUAAACAUUACAGGUAAGAGAGAUUGUGAUUUUCAAUCAACCAAUCAGUUUUUAUUUGCACAGCAUUUAUCAGCAUUUAUCAUCAGGACAGAUUCUCUGCCCUCCAGCUGCAGCUCUUCUCCUCGUGCUCAUGCUGCUUCUGUGCACGUGAGCAUUGUCUAUCAACUUCAUUGUCUAUCAACUAUAGUCCACAGUCAUUGUCCACUGCCGCCAUCAGGAUCCAUCAUCAACUGCUACCUCGGUCGUGGUCGACCACCAUUAUCUGAUGCCAACACGAUACAGAAUACGCCAAACUGGAUCCACCAGACCAAACAAAUUAAACUUUCACAAAAAUGUAUCAAAAUCCCCAAUCACAACUUCAUACCAUUAGCUGAGCAUAGCUUCAUCACAUCAGUGCUUGUCCACAAUGAAUCACAUCUUCUUCAGGAGAAUCAACCUCCUCUUGUUUUUCCAUCAGAACCUCUACGAUGGGAACCAGUUCUUGGAGGAGUUGCUGGGAUCGUCCUUCUCAUCUGCUCAAUUAUCUUCGUUUGGUAUUUGAAGUCAAGACAUGCAGCAGUACAACAGACUCAGAGUCAAACAGGAGAAGAGCUGGUCAUCACAAACUCAGCCACAAGAACAGAGGAAGAAAACAUCCACUACAGUGAGGUUGAGUUCUCCAGGCAACGAGCUGGGCUGUCCUCAGACUCACUGCUGGACAGUGGACAGCAGCAGGACACGGUAUAUACACAGGUGAACGUGUUCAAGAGAGGAAACUGAUAACUCCAAUGACCUCUACGCAGAAGUGGAGAAAAAAUGGUCAUGUGUGAGUUGUGGGAAAACAAAACAUAAAAACACGUCGAACUGCUAUUAUUUUUAUUUAUCUGUGAUUUUUUAGCUUUAUUCAAAUAAAAGUCCUAAAGGCUUAAAUACUUAGUCUACACACAUAAGAUAAUAUUUAAAGUUAGAAUGUGUUCUUUUUAAUAUCGAGGUUAGGGGUCAAAACUGAUCUUGUUAUGUACAAACUGUCAUAUUCUUAUAUUAUUUUUUGUAAAACUGGAGACUUAAACCCUGAAAUACAAAAAAAUGUAAGACUGUCUUUUUGAGGACAUUUUGAGAAAGUGAUCCAUCCCAUCUAACACGGAGGACGCAGGGUUAAUUUUUCUAGUAUCAGCUGAAAAUGUUCAGUUUGCAAUGGAAAGAGAUAAAAUCUAUAGAGACAUUCAAUAACAGUUUUAUAUAAUAAUAUGUAUUAACAUGUAUGUAAUUGUUCUUUCAGAAGAAAAAUAAAAUAUAUGGUUCAAUGUCAAACUAUAACAAUUAAGCUUCAGCAUCUUAAUAAAUUCUGACACAGUGACUUCAAACAUCAUAAUUUAAUUCUAGUUCAAAUACAGCACAGUCUAAACAACAACUUCACUGUUUCAUGCAACAUCCACAGUCAGAUCCGACUGACUCCAUCAGGCGUCACGUGACCGAGCGCAGCUUCACACACGCUCCAAUAAAUGUGAUGCUUGAGGAAACUCAUCUAUUCCUUCUACCACAUAUCAACCAACACGGACACUUCAAUCCAGCAUUACAAAUCAUAAAAGACUAAAGGAGCUCGACCAUAAAAAAGAACACAUUCAUUUAAAUUAUUAUCCCAUUGUCAAAAAACAGAGACCAUUGGAAUCAAUUUCCAGAAUGGUGUCAUCAAAAAAAUUUACCAAUAGAAUAAUUCUAACAACAUCCUGUACAUGUCAGCUUGUAUCUUAUUCUUUUUUAAGCAAUAGAAAAAACAGCAUUUUGGUAUUCAGGUACUUCUCAUCAAACAAAUAAAAAAGAAUUAAAGUUAAUCUGAUAUACAUAACAAUUAAAUGUUUAUCCUGUGAGAUGCAGCAAAAUACGGACAUUUGAUGAGUCUGCUGCAGGAGUGAUCCCGAUGACCCUGUGGUCCUGAUAAGAGCGCCCCCCCCCCCCCCCCCCACAGCAUUAAGGCGUUAAAGCACGUUGUCAACAAGGAAUCUGAAAAUGUCAACAUGAGCAGCAGUGAUUGAGAAAAACAGCGUGAAACAAAGUGAUGCACAGUGACCUUUAAACAUGAAAGGGGCAUGUGGAUGUGUUCUGUUAAAAAAUGUUGUUAAAACUUACAACAAUAAAAGUCAAGUCAUAUGUAACGAAAUUAUGUUUAACUUAAAAAAUAAUCGGAAUUCAUUUGUCUUUAAACAAGUGAAUUGAAAUGAAGGAAUGUAAACACCAGUGGGCAUUAGCCACACACUAACUACAGUUGUGUGUAGUGGUGGAGCAGUGUGGGAUCAUGGGAGUUGGAGUCUUUGUCCAGGUUUGGAUUCCUUCAUAGUUUAGGAGGUUUGAUGAGGAGCUGAAUUCUCCUCUGACUGCUGACACAUGCACAAACCGGAUUAUGAUGCAAUAAAUGAAACGCACUGUUACCUUGAUAAGUGUUAAAUUACUUUUUAGAUUCUAAAGUGAAAACGUUAUAUAUUAUAACUUUAAAUGUUAAACUCUGAUAAAAACAUUUGAGUUUUUUUU